AUGCUCUUCCAACUUCCCAUUUCUGCUCUCCUCCUCGCCAUUGCUGUUCUAACAGAGGCUUCGUCCCAGCAUGGCCGUGGCGCCCACUUGGCUCAUGCGCGACGUCGCCCACUCAACCCCCGUGGCGAGCAGCCUCUGGUCGAAUCCAAACGCGCCAUAAACCGGAGGUCGUCAUGCAGAAAGAAGGGCUCCAGCGAUUCGCUCAUCGCCUCCUCCACAAAGACGGCUCACUCUACCAUUGCCAAUGUUGCUCAAGCUCCAACUACGACUUCGAAGAAGGCUACGCAGACAAACAAGAGCAACAACCAGGGCAGCAACCAAGCAGUUGCCGCCGGCAAUUUCGUCCCCAAGAAACCAUCCGACUGGCCAACAGCCACACAAGCCGGUCGGGUCCCAACUUCUACUGUCGCCAGCGCGCACGAUCCGUACCUCGAGGAGCUUUCCAAGGCCAUCGACUACUCAGGAUACGACAUGUUUACUCAAGUGCAUGAGGGCGACAUGACCUACUAUGGUCAAGGCCUCGGCGCAUGUGGAGAUGUGUACGACGACAACUCUUUCACCGCAGCUGUUUCCCAAGACAUGUUCGAUACCUGGCCUGGCGCGUCUGGUGCUCAAAACCGUAACCCGAUUUGUGGUCCCUUCGUGCCCGGCAGACAAGCACUCAACAAUGCUGGUCUCAUGGUCACCGCCAUCAAGUCCUCCAUCGCUGGACAUGCACUCAUUGGUGGCGAUGGCUUGAUCAACUGCGUAGGCAGCGCCGAUGUUCAAUGCCAUAUUCCCAUGACCGCAACCGUCACCCACGGCAGCAAGAGUAUUCAGGUCAAGAUCGUUGACCGUUGCGUUGGCUGCAAAGUUGGUGAUAUCGACCUCACUCCUGCCGCUUUUGCUGCUCUUGCCGACCCGGCUCUUGGUCGCACGAGCGUAAAGUGGCAGUUCAACAAAUGGAACUAG